GUGAUUGUUGUUUUAAUUAGAUGAAUGAAUUACUAAACCCUUAAAAAAGAGAACACAAACAAUGGAGAUGGAAUAAAAUCGAAGAAGCAGAAUGGCGUUGCAAUGCAGAACCAAGGCAGCACGGAGGUUGUUACAACAAAUGGCAAACCACCACCAUCACCAACGGCAGCACCUCAGCCAAAUCCCCUCUCUCUCCGAUGAUCAUCACCAUAACGUUUUGGUUGAAGGAAAUGGAUACUCCAGACUCGCUCUACUCAACCGAUCCUCCGCUCUCAAUGCUAUCAACACCUCCAUGGCUGGUAGACUGCAUAAACUUUAUAGAAGCUGGGAAGAUAACCCUGAUAUAGGUUUUGUCAUGGUAAAGGGCAGUGGCCGGGCAUUUGCAGCUGGUGGAGAUAUUGUCGCGCUUUAUCGUUUUUUAAAAGAAGGGAACAUGGAAGCCUGCAAAGAAUUUUUUAGAACAAUAUAUAGCUUUAUAUACCUACUAGGUACAUAUUUGAAGCCACAUGUAGCUCUUUUGAAUGGCAUUACCAUGGGUGGUGGGGCAGGAAUUUCAAUCCCUGGAACAUUCCGAGUUGCAACAGACAAAACUGUUUUUGCUACCCCUGAAGUUCUUAUUGGUUUCCAUCCCGAUGCUGCAGCAUCUUUUUAUCUUUCACGUCUACCUGGUCACUUAGGAGAGUACUUGGCUCUUACAGGGGAAAAGCUCAACGGAGUAGAGAUGGUUGCCUGUGGGCUUGCUACACAUUAUUCACUACUUGCAAGGCUUCCACUGAUUGAAGAACAGCUCGGGAAAUUGGUUACUGAUGAUCCAUCUGUCAUAGAAACCACUUUAGAACAGUAUGGUGAUCUUGUAUAUCCAGACAGCAGUAGUGUACUACAAAGGCUUGAAAUUGUAGAUAAAUGCUUUUGCCAUGACACAGUUGAAGAGAUUGUUGAUGCAUUGGAAGUUGCGGCGAGUGAAACAAAAGAACCAUGGUGCAUUUCUACCUUAAAUAGACUUAAAGAAGCUUCUCCAUUGAGCUUGAAGGUUUCCUUAAGAUCUAUACGAGAAGGUAGAUUUCAGACCCUUGAUCAGUGCUUGUUGCGCGAGUACCGAAUGACUUUACAAGCAAUAUCUAAACAAAUAUCCAAUGACUUCUGUGAGGGAGUGAGGGCACGCAUGGUGGACAAGGACAUGGCACCAAAGUGGGAUCCUCCAACCUUGGAAAAGGUGUCUCUAGAUAUGGUGGAUCAGUACUUCUUACCUCUAAGUGAAUUUGAACCUGAUCUAGAGCUGCCAACAAAAUCCCGGGAAGCUUUUUUGUAGCUUAUCUUUCUCCUUAGAAUCGGACAAACAGAUAUACACCAUUGAUAUUAUGCAAGGAAAAGAUCUGGCAUGAGCUUAUUGGCAAUCUCAUGGACAUGGUAGACAGUGGAUUGUAAAGCUAUGUAUUGUGAAACAGAUUUAGUCUUUGUUUGGCAUAGAGGAAUGUUUCCCUCUUAUUCUGGCUUGCAUAUAACUAUUGAAUUGACAUUCAUACAACAAAUAGUUUCCUGAAAAUAAAAUUGGGCUGACUCUGGAAUAUCAUUAGUACAGGCUCAGUCAAUGAAAAUAAUGUUUUGGUA